UGUGGGAAAUGACAUUUUCACGACGGUCCCUUGGGAGAUAGCACGCCACGUACGUCGUUGUAGGCGUCCUUUUACUUUCAGGAAAGUCGUUGGCGAGAAAACAAGAAGGCGGUUGGUAGUCUAGCUAUCUGUGUGUUACAAGGAAGAUCCGUGGCUAAAUCAACGGCUGCUUGUCUUGUGACCUGUGCUGAAGUUGAGCGACAGAGAUGGAGGAGACCGGGGGAGUUGGUGGCGCUAGUGCGUACGGAGCUUCGCUCGCAGGCGGUGGCUUCGACUUUCACAAGUUUGCUAAACAACCGCACACUAUCGUGCGCUUCUUGAGUUGGAUUUUUUCCAUCGUGGUCUUCUCCUGCAUCACGGCGGAGGGAUUUGUCAACAAAUCGCACAGCCCCGACGCGCAUUGCGUCUUCAACCAGAAUGACUCGGCGUGUCACUACGCUGUGGGCAUCGGUGUCAUAGCCUUCCUGGCCUGUUUUUUCUUCCUCUUAUUGGACGCCUACAUGCCGCUGAUGAGCAACGCAAAGGAGAGGAAGUACGCUGUCAUGGCCGACCUGGGAUUCUCAGUCGUGUGGACGUUCCUGUGGUUCGUGUGUUUCUGCCUCCUGACUAGCCAAUGGAGUCGUACGAUUGAUGUCAGAGGAAUCCCCAAGGACGCCGCCCGCUCCGCCAUUGCCUUCUCUUUCUUCUCUAUCGCCACCUGGGGAAUCCUAACCUACUUCGCUUUGGGGAGAUAUCGCCGUGGUGUUGCCGAUGUCACCCAGAGCAUCUAUGCCGAGUCUCCGCCGGAGCAGCACACCCCUUACCCUCCGACCUACGCCCCCUCGGCCUACACCCCCACCACAUACUCCCCGUACCCUUCCAGUGCGCCAGACGACUUCCAACAACCCCCCUUCACCCCCAGCACCAUCACCACCACCCAACCCCAGGGGGAAUACCAACCCCCCAACUACUGAGGGGCUCCGCGGUGAAGUUUCCCCUAGGUACAGGUCUAGGUCAGCUUCACUUUCCCCAUUCCUAACCUUAACCAUUAGUGGGGGAAAUGCAAACCUGACCCAAGAUCAGCAUCUAUGCCAAGGGGCAAUUUCACCACCUAUUACUGGGAUAGAAUUAUGGAGAAAGGAAGUGGAAGCUCCUUAUCACCAGACCUGGGUUCAAAAAAAAAAUGAAAUAUUUGUUUAGCUUUUGUCUGUCUGGAGUGCAAGGUGGGUGGGGUUUUCACUCUGUCAACGUUAAUAUUGGUUUAAUUUGCAACAGGGAAACUGGAUGAAAGCACAGACCGAUAAAAGUUUUUGAAAUGGUUUUAAAUAGUGUUUGAACACAGGUCUGCUUACUACUAAUUCAGUGGAUGAUGUGGUUAAAAGGAGACUUCUACCCUGAGACGGGGGCGCAGCUGAGGGGGAGGGGCAAAUGUCAAAUCCUGGUCACGUGACACUGGAGCUCACAUGAUUUGGGAUAUGUGAAAAACAGCCAAUGAGAGCUCUCGUGGGAGGGGCAAGUGCUUGCUUCAGCUAAUUAGUGUGCUUGUCUCCCCCCUCUCUGUUCAGAACUCUAGUCCCCUGCUUCUGUGCUCCAGAAGGAAGGAGAAUGUGUGUCUGUCAGAGGAGGCUGGUGGGAGGAAGAUAUAGGAGGACCUGCUCAUUGUAAUGGCUGGGAUGGAAUAAAUGGAAAGGUAUCAAAUAUGGAAACCACACAUUUGCCUCGGUUCCAUUUAUUUCAUUCCAGCCAUUAGUGAGCCGAUCCUCCUAUAUCUUCCUCCCACCAGCCUCCUCUGGUGUCUGUACAUACUAGAUAUUCAUAGUUGAAACGCCAAUUCUUUGAAUGGCUGUAGUGUCUUUUUUUAAACAUUUUAUCUUUUUGUUUUCAAUUUAGCACAAUUAUCUUGAUGACAUGCAAGCACAAUGUUUUAUUCAAUGUCAAAGAAGUCUGCUUAUUUAAUUGACCAGUGUAUCAUGAGACUACUGAGUUCUACAGGAUAAAAGCCAAAUGCCCAAGAAAGCCUUACUAUUAAUGUCCUAUGUAAACUGCAGGGUUUUUGUCCCACUUCAGGAGCCGUAAGCAGACUUUGACUGUGUCCCAAAUGGCACCCAAUUCCCUUUAUAGUGCACUACUUUUGACCAGGACCCAUAAGGCUCUGGUUAAAAGUAGUGCACUAUAUAUAUGGGAUAGGGUGUCAUUUAAGAUUCAGUCAAAGUCUGCCUACGGCUCCUGAAGUGGGACAAAAACCCAGCAGUUAUGAGUCCUUUCUCAUAACUCUUAGACAGGGUUUAUCUGAUAACAGUCAAGGUAAAGCCAUAAAAAGCCCAAGGGGGAAAAAAACACAUUAAACCGCUCAUUAAACUACACGUUAAAUUAAACGUUAAAUUAAACAGCCCGUUGAAAACACAAGGCUUGUUUGCUCAACUGAUCUGUGUAAUAUGCAUGUUCCUAUCUAGUCAUUUAUGUACUGAUUGAGUUUUCAGUCAUAUUUUUAUGUCUACUGUCCACAAAAACUAUAGCAACUGGAUAGGUUGAAACUGGGCUUGUAACCAGGAGAUAAAUUAGAGUCCCAAUUGUCCACCCUUCUCCCAAAGCGUGCACUGCACUGGCCUACUUUCCCCCCCUAUGGCUUUGACAAUGGAAUCUCCCUCCAGCCUCACAGCCAAUCCUGACACCAGUGCUAUGCUUUUAGAACCAUGUGCACUGGAAAAGGGGGGAGAAUCAGAACAGAAGUCUUCCACUGUCGCUAGAUAAAGCCAUCUAUGGUUUGUAUUACUUAGUGGGUUUCCUAUCAGUCGUUCUGAGUCUCAGACCACUACCUGCUUUGUACUACUAAAGGGACAAGUCAUUCAUGAAUAAAUCCUCUUACUGCCACAACUGACUUCAGGAACCUCAGUGUAGCAGCUGGGUCAUGUUCAUUAGGCACCAAAUGGAAGAAAAAACGGCUACAUAUGAACAAACACACAAUUACCCAACUUCAGAAGCUAUUUUGAAUACAUUUUCUUGGUCCUAGAGUCAUUAAAUGUUCAGAGUACAUUGAGGGGAGUUACUGCUUUCAAAACAAGUGAAAACCUUCCAACUGUUUCAUCAGGCAAAUGCUUCGUUUUUUAAAAUCAUUGCAAGAAGUUUUUGCUGUGGUGUGCACUCCGGUCCACCAAGGUCCAAGUGUGCUUUGGCACUUCAUAGAUUACUACUUCAAAUCAUCUGACUGACUUUAAAUGUAAGUCAUACAGGACUAACUGAAGCACUUGAUAACAAUACAAUACUUGGGAUUUCAUCAAUUGCUUCUUUAAAGUGGCAACCUGCAGAUACAUUUUUGGACGUAUUAAUGAUAUGUACCAAUUGAUUCUUGAAGAAUAGAACUUAUAAAUGCCUCAUGAGGUUAGUUCAAUUGUUGUACCCCAUCAGAACCCAAAAUAAGCAUUUUUUAAACUCCAAUGUUUGUAAACAAAGUAAAUGUAAACAAACACUAUUUAGCCUCAACAUGGUUAACUAUAAUUUUGAUAUCAUGGAUGGUCAGUCCUCGUAUCCAUAACUCUGAGUUUGAGCCCCGUCCCUCAGCUUUUUACCGAAACGGGUGGGGAGACGGUUUGUUAUGGUUUCAACGGCUGAUUGCCGCUUUUAAAGGAUAAGACUGAAAACAGCUGACGUAGAAUCCAUUAAAGGAUAAGACUGAAAACAGCAGACGUAGAAUCCAUUAAAGGAUAAGACUGAAAACAGCAGACAUAGAAUCCAUUGAGGACUGGCUUCUAUGGAAAUGUUAUGCACUUCUCCUUAACAAGAACCCUGGUAUACUUUGUUGACGGUGCCUUAGACUUACUGUAUGUAAUGUUGACACCAUGGUGACCUUGAGUCCACCAUAGACAAGCAUAGAUGUACAUAUUCGCAUAUAGAUGUGUGUAGGUAAAUAUAGACACACAAAGAUAAGUUGUAUAUAAACACAUCAUUGGAGUCCACUUGGCCAAAGGGAAGACCUCACUGUGUGUGUGUCAAAUGGCACCCUAUUCCCUAUAUAGUGCACUACACUAUAUGGGCCCUAGUCUAAAGAUGUGCACUACAUAGGGAUUAGGGUGCCAUUUGGGACAGAAUUGCAUUUAUUAAAUAUGAGUGAUGCUAGUAGUGGAAACAUUUAGGGAGGGUGGAAACGCUCCCUCUGUAUACAGGACAGGGGAGGCUGCUGAGGGGAGGACGGCUCAGAAUAAUGGCUGGAAUGGUACCAGACACGUGGUUGUCUUAUGUUUGAUUCCUUUCCAGACAUUAAUAUGAGCCGUCCUCCCCUCAACAGCCUCCACUGAUCGUGUCACCAACCAUUUGAACUUCUCCGCUAGUGCCUGUGUGAAGUGUCCUUCCUACAGAAGGCUCAAACGCCAUGGUGUAUACACUCUAUUUGCCCAAUCGACCUCCUCAAACUGUCCAUAUAUUUACAUUAUAAAACCGUGGACAAAGUCAUCUAAAGCUCAAGGCACUUGAGCAAAAACUGAAGGGCAUAUUCAGGAUUAUCAAACUGAUGCCUUGUGUUCAUAACUGUCGGGUUUGUGUAUGGGAGAUGAGUGAUGUUGCAAUUUGUUGUUUGCAAUUCUGAACAUACCCCCUAAUGUCCAGUGUGGCCUAGUAAGGCGGCAUCUGCACAGGCAGCCCAAUUCUGAUCUUUUGACCAGUGAGAUCAGAUCUUUUGCCAAUAAUUGGGGGAAAAAUCAGAAUUGGGCUGCCUGUGUAAAUGCAGCCUUACUGUUCAAAUGUAACCUCCCCAGUGAGCAACCUUUGUAUCUGUGAUUGAUCGAUAGCCAAGACUUCUGUAAGUAUGUGAUUUGUAGUUUAGUUAUGGGUUGUUAAUUGAUUGCGUUUUGUUUUCUGUGGUUGUAGGGGCGAUGUGUAUAUUACACUUCUUGUCCAUUGUUUUAUCGUGUUACAUCAUUGGUUAUCUAUGUGGUUUUGAUUUGCCAUUUGAUCACCACCACCACCACUGAUCUAAAUGAAAUAGUGUAGAUUUGAGUUAUUUACUUAUUUUACAUUUAUGAAGUUUAUUUGCAAAUUCUGUGUCUCACUUAUAACUUUAAUACACCCCCCAAAAAAUGAUAGCACCAGAAACCUGUUAGUUCAGUUGUGUUCUAUUGAAUCCAUUGUUGUAUAAGGAAGUGUCUUUCAACAGUGAUGUCACAAGGUUCUAAUUCUGUUGUCUAAAUGACGUGUGUGUCAGCGUGGGCAGAAUAAAAUCUGCCUUAAAUCCAA